CAGUCAUUCUACUGGCAUACUCCAGUGUGCCUGACAUCUGAAACCGUGCCCAGAGCAUUUAUUGUUAAUCUGACAGCAGGUUUAUUGAUCAGAAGAUGUUCAUUCAUCGAUCUGAUGUUUGUGCAGUGGACAGCGCCUUAGUGCUAAACAGGACUGCGUUCAUUUGGUGUGGACAGUGACCGAGAUCAAGAGCACUCCCCUCAAAUCCAGCAGCAGACACAGUUUAUAGAAGAAGGAUAUGAGAGUUUCACCGGACUACAAUGACUACUGGAUCCAACCAUGGACGAUAAUCAGUUACAGACCAGUUUCUCUGUAACUCUGAUCUUUCUGAAUGAAAACGACGUGAAGCAAGAGCUGCCGAUUUCCAGUCAACACCAGGAACUUACACUUCAAGUCCACAGAGAGCUGGAUGACAUCUCUCUCAACAUUAACAACGAUGCUGGUGUUUGUGUUUUUAAGUUCUCCAUCACGAGGGACACAGAGUGCUGUCGGGUGGCCACCCGCUCAUUCCUCAUCACUCUGGGCUGUUUCAGCGUCAUCAUGCGCUUCAGCACGCAGUCAGAGUUUCAGGUCUUCCACAAAAUGCUGUGCUCAUGGCACGAGCUCAGGAGAGAUCAGUCUGUGUUUCAGCAGAGGACAGACGAUUCAUCUGCACUGCAGUACUUCCAGUUCUAUGGCUGUCUGUCCCAGCAGCAGAACAUGCUUCAGGACUUUCUCCGGACUGCAACCUACCAAAAAGCCAUUUUGCUCAAUGACGUUGACUUCAAAGAUAAAGUGGUUCUGGAUGUGGGCUGUGGAACAGGGAUAUUGUCCUUCUUUGCCAUCCAGGCCGGGGCUAAGAAAGUGUACGCGGUGGAGGCCAGUUCUGUGGCCAAAUAUGCAGAAAUUCUAGUGAAAAGCAAUAACUUGUCCAACAAAAUCACGGUUUUGUCAGGAAAGAUUGAGGAAGUUUCCUGCCCAGAGAAGGUGGAUGUGAUCAUCUCCGAGCCCAUGGGCUACAUGCUCCUCAACGAGAGGAUGUUAGAGAGCUAUCUGCAUGCCAAACACUGGUUAAAACCUAAAGGCAUGAUGUUUCCUACCCAGGGUGACAUUCAUCUGGCUCCUUUCACUGAUGAACAACUGUACAUGGAGCAUCACGCCCGCUCCAACUUCUGGAAUCAGAGAUGUUUCUAUGGCGUGAACUUGAGCGGGCUUCAUUCCUCUGCUGUGGAUGAGUUCUUCAGACAGCCAGUGGUUGACACAUUCGAAAUGCAGAUUCUCAUGGCCAGGUCUGUAAAAUACACAAUCAACUUUCUGGAGGCAAAAGAGGAAGAUUUACACCGGUUGGAAAUUCCAUUUGUCUUCAAACUGCUGCAGUCAGGGCUGAUUCAUGGACUUGCUUUUUGGUUUGAUGUGGCCUUUGUUGGCUCAAGGAUGACAGUAUGGCUGUCCACUGCUCCAAAUGAACCUUUGACUCACUGGUAUCAGGUGCGCUGUCUUUUGCAGACCCCUCUGUUCGCCAAAAUGGGACAGACGUUAUCUGGACAGGUUCAACUAAUAGCCAACAAGAGACAAAGCUAUGACAUUCACAUCACUGCUGUGGUUGAUCAGUCUGGAUUUAAAUCUGGGAACUCAUUGGAUUUGAAAAAUCCUUUUUUUCGGUACGCCUGAAUCCUCAUUCUCAUCAUUUUUCAGAUCAGCCUAAAUGAAGACUGCAGGUCUAUCGCUCAACAUUGCAGAUAAUAAAUAUACAGUAUUACUGCACAGAUUAUAAUUUUCAGAUCUGAAUCUAUGAAGGUUCUGUGAGCAUGUGAUAUAUGAUAUGUGAUAUAUGAUAUUUGUUAAUAAAAACAAGGUGACUGAGUGAAGUUGUCUUAUUUU